CUUGUGUACUGUUAAAUGGCCUGGAGUUAAGUUGAAACUCCUUAUUACAAUAGGCAGCCAUACUGGAUUACUUAUAAAAAUGAGAGGCUGGCAACUAGUUGCCCUAAUACUAUCAGCAGCCUGUUCUCUAAUUGUGGCAUCAGACCUAGAAGCGGCAAUUAAGGAGUAUGAACAGCUGAUAGAAAAAAACAAACACUUCUUUAAAACAGGCAUAGACAACCAUAAAUCCCCCCACAGUGGCAGUCACUACCAUCACCAAUGCAAGCACCAGGGUAACACAGUCUUGGAUGUUGAGAAAAAGCUUCACAAGGCUCAUUUCAUCAAUGAAUUCCUCGCAAAGCAAGGUGUUUCGCGUGCCAAGCGUCAGGCAACACUUGAAUGUCCAUUUGAUAUCAAUGUGCCAGAAUGUGACCCAGACUAUCCAUACAGGACCAUGGAUGGCUCCUGUAACAACCUAGAGCAUCCUCUGUGGGGAUCAGCUGGGGUCCCUAUGGGCAGAUUGGCCCCUGCAGAAUAUGCAGAUGGUCUAGGCUCUCCAAGAAUGUCACGAUUGAGAUCUGAGCUCCCAAACGCAAGACACAUCAGUACAACUUUCCAUGAGCAUGACUCAUCUGAGACUGAGAGUCAAAUCCAUACCCAUUUGUUGAUGACGUGGGGGCAGAUCCUAGACCACGAUCUCAGCUUGACACCAAUGUUUAAAGGGGAACAUAACACUGAGAUCGAUUGCUGCGCUGAGGAAUCAUAUGGAAGGCCAGAAUGUUUCAAGAUUAUGAUACCAGAUGGAGACCCAAGGUUCAAUCACGAAUGUAUGAACUUUGUACGAUCUACCCCAUCUCCAGGUAUAGGAUGCCAAGGAGAUGAACGUCAACAGAUCAAUAAGAUCACAUCGUAUAUAGAUGGCUCUAAUGUCUAUGGCUCGGGAGAACAUGAGAUGCGACAAGCAAGAUAUGGCAGAGAUGGCAAAUUAAAGUUCACAGACAACUAUCCCUUUGGCAAGCCUCUUCUAGCAAAGGACCUUGAGAAUGAGGACAAGUGUGUCUUGCCAGAUGGGAAUGAAGUUGUGCAGUGCUUUAAAGCAGGUGAUGAGAGAGCCAAUGAGAACAUAGGACUCACCACCAUGCACACCAUAUGGCUGAGGGAGCACAACAGAUGUGCUGAGAACCUGAAGAAUGUCAAUCCUUUCUGGGAUGAUGAGACACUAUUCAAUACUGCCAGGAGAAUGGUUGGAGCUACUAUGCAGCAUAUAACUUACAGUGAAUUCCUGCCUAUUAUUCUUGGUGAUCAAAUCAUGGAAGCCUACCAACUUAAACCUAAACCUGCAGUUCCUACAUUCCUUAACCCAGAUGAUGUGGCUGACGAUGCAGUCUUCCAUGAUACUUAUGAUCCAACAGUAAAUGCUACAAUAAUGAACGAAUUUGCCACUGCUGCUUACAGAUUUGGACAUAGUUUAAUUCAGGGCUCAUUGAUGCGUAUGAACAACAAGCUGGAUGAAGACCACCCAUUCCCAUCUAUAGACCUUGGUCAGGCCUUCUUCCAGCCUGAGGAACUUUACAACAAGGAUGUUGAUGGAAUAGACUCCCUUAUUCAUGGCUUGGUCUACCAGAAGGUACAACAAGUAGAUCGCUUCCUGUCUAGCCAGAUAACAGACCAUCUGUUUGAAAACCCCAAUGAAGCUAAAGGUGGCCAUGCACUGGAUCUAGCAGCCCUUAAUUUACAGAGAGGCAGAGAGCAUGGCUUGGCAGGAUACAUCAAUGCAAGGCAGGCAUGUGGGUUGGGUAGAGAGAGGAGUUUCCUUCAGCUCAGACAGACUGGAGACAUAGACUUUGAUACCAUGGAUAAACUUCAACAAAUAUACAGACAUGUAGAUGACAUUGACCUGUUCACAGGAGGUCUUGCAGAGAACCCAGUACCAGGGGGCCUAGUGGGACCAACAUUUGCCUGUAUUCUUGGCAUGCAAUUCUCCAACUUGAAGAAAGGGGACAGAUUUUGGUAUGAGAGAAAGGAAAAUGGACUUUCAAAAGCCCAGCUGAUGCAAAUUAAGGGAAGAAAGCUCUCCAAGGUGAUGUGUGACAAUGCAGACUUUAUGUUCAAAAUCCAGCCAGAUGCAUUCCUUCUGCCCACUGUCUUUGGAAAUGAUAGGAAGCCAUGUGAAGACAUCCAAGAUAUGCAGUUUGGAGUCUUCUUUGAUGAACAAUUUGAUGACAUAGAAGGUAUUAUGGAUUUUGGAGCCCUGCUGUGUUGGAUGAUGGUGUAUCAAAGUGAUGAAGAAAAAUGA